AGUCACUUAACCGUCGUUUUUCUUAUUAUACGGUGAAGAAGAAGAAUAUUAUUUCCGUUGAGUCCCUCCGCCGGUUCUGGUUCUCUCUAACGACUCCCUCCUCCUCCUUCACGUCAUCUUCAACCUCUUCACGUCUUCUAUAGAAACAUACGCGCAUGCAUUUCACCAUUUAUCUCUAUAUCGAAAGCCUUCGGUUCAUUUUCAAGUCACCGGAGGCAGCUUUUGCCAAUCAGAAUUGUUAGCCAAAUAAGGAGCCAAGGAAUUACACAAGUUUUGGAAUUGAUCUGGUUUCGUGUGCGUAACAGUUAGGGUGUCGACGAAUCUUACAGAAAUGCCAUUGGAAUCGUCUUCAGACCACGAAGCGGACGAUUCCGAUGCUGAGUUCGUUGAGAUCGAUCCCUCCGGUCGUUAUGGACGGUAUAAGGAAGUGCUAGGAAAGGGGGCUUGCAAAAAGGUAUAUAGAGCAUUUGAUGAAUUGGAAGGAAUUGAAGUAGCUUGGAAUCAAAUAAGGAUUUCUGAUUUCUUGAGGAACCCUGAGGAGUUGGAGCGUCUAUACUCUGAAGUUCAUUUGCUUAAAACACUUAGGCACAAGAACAUCAUCAAAUUCUACAACUCUUGGGUUGAUACAAAGAACGACCAUGUCAACUUCAUCACUGAGAUCUUCACAUCUGGGACAUUAAGACAGUACCGAAAGAAACAUAAGCAUGUAGAUUUGAGAGCAUUGAAGAAAUGGUCUAAACAGAUAUUGGAGGGGUUAGUGUAUCUUCAUAGUCAUGAUCCUCCAGUUAUUCAUCGUGACCUCAAGUGUGACAACAUUUUUGUCAAUGGAAAUCAAGGAGAGGUAAAGAUUGGUGACCUUGGAUUAGCUGCCAUUCUUCGCCAAGCUCGUUCUGCUCACAGUGUCAUUGGAACUCCUGAGUUCAUGGCACCAGAGCUUUAUGAAGAGGAUUACAAUGAACUUGUGGAUAUUUAUGCAUUUGGGAUGUGCUUACUUGAAUUGGUGACAUUUGAGUAUCCAUAUGUUGAAUGUACCAAUGCUGCUCAAAUAUAUAAAAAAGUCACAUCUGGUGUGAAGCCGGCUUCAUUAGCAACAGUGAAGGAUCCUGAAAUCAAAUCAUUUAUCGAAAAAUGUCUUGCAAAAGUCUCUUAUAGAUUAAGCGCCAAGGAACUGUUAAUGGACAAUUUUCUUCAUGCUGAUGAGGAUUAUAAUAACAUAAAUAAACAAAAACACUCUGAUCCUGAUCCAGGUGGCGACACUGAGAACGUUGAAACUCCAAACAACUCUAUGCCUGAUACUGCUAGGGAUUUCACAGUGAUGGCUCAAGUCAGAGACCCAAACACCGUAUUCUUGAAACUACGUAUAGAAGAUGUAACAGGUAAUGUUCGGAAUAUCCACUUCCCCUUUGAUAUCGAAGCUGACACACCAACUGCAGUUGCAAGAGAAAUGGUGGAAGAGUUGGAUUUAACCGAUCAAGACGUGUCUGUAAUUGCCGAAAUGAUUGAAGCAGAAAUCCGUUCAUGUUUUCCUGACUGGGCACUAACGGAAUAUUCCAAUGACGGCAAUGAAUUAGCUGACCCUCAAUACGAUUCUCCUUCCCCAUCAACCAACAAAUCCUGUGCUUCUCCUGGACAUUUAUCUCUUGAACGAUUGCCUUCUGGUAGGAGAUACUGGAGCGAUGCACCCAAAACUGGUUGCUCUCCACUUAAACCCGUUCCUUCAGAUAUCGAUGAAGAAGAAAACACCCAACCAUUUCCAAAUGAUGAUGAUGAUGAUAAUGAUAAUGAUGUGAAUAUGAUUGUGGAGAAAAUUGAACAAAUAAUGGUUGAUCAACAAAAAGAGUUGGAUGAGCUUAAAAAGAAACAUGGAUUGAUUGUAUCAAAAUUUUUGAUGAAACUUUCUCCCGAAACCCGACAAGAAGUUGUUACCAUUUGUAAAGUCGAGAUCUCAAAAGAAGAUUCUGAUAUAAAAGGUGAAGAUGGAGAUGAGGAAGGAGGAAAUGGAAAGCAUAGCCCGGGACGUUUGUUCAAGCAGAAGUUCAAGACCAGGAUAGAGUAUACGAGGCCAAGCAGGGGUAUUGCUGUAAUUUUGAGAAACGAUAGUGCGAAUUCAUGACAUUUGAGGGUCCCAAACAUUUUGAAUAAAGAUUGUUGUGUUGGAGGGAAUUGUAUAUAUGAUUAUUUGUUAACACGAAGAGGUUUGAUUUAUGUUUGAGUAGUUGAGUUAAGUUGUGAAAUUUGAAGGACUUUGUAGAUGGAUAUUGGGUG